AUGGGAUCGUUUACUUGUCCAAAUGGUUGCGGUGGUCAGUACAAGUAUAAAGGCGGGCUUCAAGCUCAUUUGAAUUACAAAUGUGGACGCGAGAAACAAUUCAGAUAUAGAUCUAUCGGAUUGUUUGUUUGUCCGAAUGGUUGCGGUGGUCAGUACAAGUAUAAAGGCGGGCUUCAAGAACAUUUGAUGUACAGUUGCGGACGAGAAAAGCAAUUCGUAUGUACUGAUUGUUCUAAGGCAUUUCAUCGCAAACAAAAUUUGAAAGCUCACAUAGUUGAAAAUCGUAUCAAUUUAUUUGUAUGUCCGAAUAACUGCGGUCGUUCUUAUAAGUAUAAAGGUGGAGUUCAAGAACACGUAAGAUACGAAUGUGGACGCGAGAAGCAAUUCAAAUGUACCGAAUGUCCCAAAGCGUUUCAUCGCAAAAGAGAUUUAAGAGCUCAUAUUAUUGCUGUGCAUAAAAUAAUUCCAGAUUGGUGA